CUGUACGCAACAUAUCACUCCAUUUGCUUCUAAACGGCGGAUCCUUGAAGUCGUCCAGUUGCCUCUGCCUGCAUCUCUAGACGGUCAGGUUGCCUCUCCGACAACGAUGAGCAUGUCGUCGACCAUGUCGGUCGCUCUGCAUUCUCGAGCCACGGCAUCCGUGUUCGCGCCUCUCAACCUGCCAUGCCAAUCCCAUGCCGACACUACGAGGCCGCAUCUAAGCUUCGAGUGCCCCUCGCCAGUUAAGCCUAUGCAGCACUGCGAAGCCCAAGCCGUGUCUCGCCGGUACCGUUCCGUGCGCUCUCAUCUGAGCAGUUCACCUGCUGCGCCAGACAGCAAGCACACGCGCUUAGGAGGUCGUCUGCGCUCGGCAGAGCUAUCAGCGGUUUCCCGCAUCCCGAGACGCACAGUGCGUUGCGCGGAUUCGUUACAGGGCGACGCGUUGGGGGGAAAUGCAGGUGGGGUGCGGGAGGAGGGAGCAGCUGUGGCAGCAGGCACGGCAGUGGGUGGCGGGACAGCGCCGGGCAGCGAGUGGGAGAGCAGCGAGGCGGCGGGGGGCCAAGGCGCGGAGCAGGUGGAGGGGCCUCGCCUGGCGUGCCCUGUGUGCUUGCGCGCGCUGCACGUGUCGUUCGCGGGCAAGCACCGCGCCUUCUCCAUGCAGUCAGCGCCGUCAGCGCGCCUGCAGUGCGAGCCGUGCCGCCGCACAUACUCUGCGCGCACGGGCUUUGCGGACCUGGUGCUCACGGCGGGUGUCACGCAGUACGUCGAGCCGCCCCUGCCCUCGCGAUCCGAGACAUUCAAGAACCCCCUCGUCUCCUUUGCAUACGAGCGUGGCUGGAGGCAGAGUUUUGCCGGGUUUGGCUUCCCGGGGCCCGAUGAGGAGUUCCUGAUGGCGCAGCGCCUCUUCAACGCACAGAAGGGCGGGCUGCUCGUCGACCUCUCGUGUGGAUCGGGUCUCUUCACUCGCCGCUUUGCCGCCAGCCAGGACUGGAGCCACGUGGUGGCUGCUGACCUGUCGCCCGCCAUGCUGGAGCAGACGGCGCAGUACAUCCGGGACGACCCGCUGAUCACGGACCAGCAGAGUGGCAUCUCGCUGCUGCGGGUGGACGUGUCGCGCCUGCCCUUCCCCUCGGGCUCGGUGGACGCCAUCCAUGCCGGCGCUGCGCUGCACUGCUGGCCCUCGCCCUCCCUCGCUAUGGCAGAGAUAAGCCGUGUGUUGCGCCCAGGUGGCAAGUUCGUGGCCACCACGAUUCUGCUGCCCAAGGCGCCCUUUGCCGACGACCUCUUCAAGCCGCUGCGCAAGCAAGUGUCAAUGAGUCAGCAGCUGCCGUUCCGGUACUGGGAGGCGGAGGAGGUGGAGGAGCUGAUGGAGCUGGCGGGGCUGGAGAAGUACACCUGCGACAUCCGCAACCAGUACAUCAUGCUCUCCGCCGACAAGCCCACACGCCGCUGACAGUGGUGGGGUUGGGACUGAAGAGGUGGGGGAAGCAAGGAGUGGAAGGGGUGACAUUGGCACGGGAGUUUGGAUAGGGUUUGCGACUCUUUCGAGUGCGACAUAUUGAUGUACAAGUGUCAUGCUCAUUCUUGGAACAAAUUCUUGACCCAUUGGGUUCGCCCUAGAAGAUUCUUGGAAGAGCCACAGGCUGCUAUGCCUGGGGGGCUAUGGGCGCGCUGACCCGCCCUUUUAGCACAGUGGGUGUAUUACUGAGUGAGACACAUUUGUGAAGUUCGUUUUGUGUGCUGGGGCUGCCAACCUGCAUGCCAUACGUACUUGGUACAAGGGCGGGCAAUAACCUUGUCAUGUGCUGGUACAGUAAUUGUUCUAGAUUCAUCCUUUCCCUGCAGUG